AUGAUAAACUCAGAUUUAUUCUUCCCCGAGACAAAAUACCAACGCCCAGCAACGACCCUCGGAGCCAAAGCAGUAACCAUAGAUGUGCCAACACCAACAACAAACAACGAAAAACACAACGCAAACGCAUCAAUCCGAGCCCCAAAUGACACAGAAGUCCAAGUACCCGAUACCAAUUCACAGAACGGCAAAGGGCGACCAUCCAAGAACCAAUUCAAGCUCUUCCAAAAGCCCGACCCUCGCUGGAAAAGCUUCCUAAUCCGCGACAUCCUCUCCCCCAUCCGCGCAUGCUUCUACCCCAUCAUCUUCUGGGCCGGCCUAAACGUCGCAGGCCCAGCGAACCUCCUCCUCUUCUUCAACCUGACUGAAUCCGCCGUGCUAGCCGCACCACCCUACAACUUCUCGGGAGCUGUCGGAUAUAGCAACUUCGCCUUCUUCGUCGGUGGAACGAUAGGCCUUGUAACCGCAGGACCCUUCUCAGACUGGGUAGCCGACAAAGCCACGCGACGGAAUCGAGGUAUUCGAGAAGCAGAGAUGCGUCUUCCCGCCUUGAUACCUUUUUUCAUCACCACUGCUAUUGGUAACGUUAUCGGGGGAUUAGGGUAUCAGCGUCAGUGGUCGUGGCCUACUAUGCUGGUUUUUGGAAACGGGCUCACCGGUCUCAGUGUUCCUACUGUGCCGACUAUUGCUGUUGCUUAUGCGGUGGAUUGCUAUAAGCCCAUGGCGGGGGAGAUUUAUGGUCGUUGCUACGGUUGUUAA